AUGAGGUCAAGCGUAAGAAAAGAUUUUUUGAAAUGGCAUGCCGCAAGAGUUGAGGAGAAUUAUGUCUUUGAUUUUAAGAAGGAGCUUCGCGAGUACUGCCGGAGUGAUGUAGAUAUUCUCCGACGAAGCAUGUUGCAGUUUCGAGAAGAUUUUAUAGAGCUAGAGAAUAUGGACCCUCUUCAGUACGUUACUAUCGCCUCUGUGUGUAUGACCAUCUACAGAAGUAACUACUUGCCUGAAGAGAAAAUCGGCGUUGUGAGAGACGUAUCACGUGGUGAAGCAUACAGCAAGAUGUCGAUAGCAUGGUUAGAUUGGAUAUCAAAGAGAGAUGGUUUGUCGAUAAAACACGGACUGAAUGGCGGUGAAGCGCAUAUACCGGGUGUCGGAAAAGUCGACUGCUUCUGUGCGAAUAGAGUUUACGAGUUUCAAGGUUGUUUUUGGCACGGCUGCGCGAAGUGUUACUCUGGUGACACAAUCAACAGUCAAAAUCAGAUCGAUACGUUGACUCUGAGAAAAAGAACUGCUGAGAAAGGUGGGAAGAUUAGAGCUGCAGGGUUCGACUUGGUCGAGGUUUGGGAGUGUGAGCUAGCGAAAGAUAGAGAUUUUGAAAAGUUUUACAAGACAUGGGAUCGCGAGAUAGUCGACCCUCUCAAUCCGAGAGACGCAUUCUUCGGUGGACGCACAAAUGUAACGAAACAGACCUAUGAUUUCAAAGAGGGUGAGAAAGGGAAGUAUGUCGACUUUGUCAGUCUAUAUCCGACGGUGCAAUUCUUCAAAGACUAUCCGACCGCUCACCCGACAAAGAUACUUGACCCUCCUCAAGAGUAUGAUGAGAGCUGGUUCGGUUUUGUAAAGUGUAGUCUUACCUCCAAGAGGCCUUUAUCACCCUGUAUUACCGGUAAAAACGAAAUGUGGACAUGGUGCACAAAUGAACUGAAUUUAGCUAUUGAGAAAGGCUACGAGAUUAAGAAGAUCUUUGAAGUGUGGGACUUCAAAGAGAGAAGCGCAGACCUUUUCAAAGGUUAUGUCCGAAGAUUUAUGAAGAUCAAGAUGGAAUCAAGCAAGCUAGAGACUGGUGAGGGUUGUACGUAUAAGAGUGUUGACGAGUACAAGUCAAUCGUUAAAUCGAAGCUUGGGAUCGAUCUUGGUAAGAUCGAGUUCAAUGCUGGAAAGAGAGCGAUUGCGAAGAUGUGUCUGAACAGUCUGUGGGGGAAGUUUGGACAGCGAAAUAAUAUGAAGACUGUGUAUGUCACUGAACCUGUAGAAUUCUACAGAAUUCUACUCGAUGAUAGUGUCGAUGAUCUGAACAUUCAGUUUAUAAAUGAAGACAUGGUCGAGAUGUAUUACAUCUCGAAAGAUCAGUUCUUCGAUAAUAGUAGAGAUACAAACAUCUUUAUUGCAGCGUUUACGACAAGCCAUGCAAGGGUAAUGAUGUAUAGAGAUGUUUUAGAACCUCUUAGAGAGCAGGUUCUCGGUUUUGAUACUGACAGCGUAUGGUAUGUUGAAAAGGAUGGUGGGCAGAAGAUAAAAACGGGAGAUAGUCUUGGUGAUGCGACUGAUGAGUUAGAUGGGCACCACAUUACAGAUUGGUACGGAUCCGGCCCAAAGUCAUACAGCUACGCAACAAGUGAUGGUAAAAUGGUGUGUAGAGUCAAGGGCUUCACACUUAAUCAUGAGAACAGCCAAUACGUCAAUGAAAAGACAAUGAAGCGGAUCAUUGAAGGACAAAAACGCCGAAUUACUAUUGUAAAUGAACAAGCGAUAACUCUUGAUCCGGCAACGAAACGGAUAGUCAACCGAUACCAAGAGAAAGACUUCCAACUGUGCUACGAUAAGGGGGUAAUGGUGAAGACCGAAUCCGGAAUAGACACGUUACCUUAUGGGUAUUGA